AGAAAUUGCAAUGACACGAGCUAGCACGCUAUCCCAAAAAAUCGGCCAAGCAAAAAGUUUGAAAACGAGAAUAUUUUUCAUUAUUGGCACAAUAGUUUUAAUAACUUUGGUCUAUUUUAUUCUGAGAAAGCUAUACUCAGUAGGGUCUUCUGGUGAUUUUGUUGCUAAGCGUAUACCAAAAUCGUAUUCAAGACCAGAAGUCUUAGUCCCAGAGGAUCGAGAUGUGUUCCAAGGAUUUCAGACCUCUUUCUUACCGUCAGAUGAAGUGGUGAUUGCUAGAAGACCAGAAACUGACCCGGUCAGUUUAAUAUUUAACAAUGAGCUUGAAGAAUACACGCCUAAAAGGGUAAAGCGCAAAAGUCACCAUUUCCCUAAGAAUGCAGGUACAAUACCGAAAUAUAGAAGAGACAUUGAUGACGAUGAUGAUGAAGGUGAGAAAGAGACAGAAGAAUGCACAAGCUCUUCGAAUGAAGAUUAUGAAGAAGAAAGCAACAUUCAGAGCGUUGUUCAUCCCGAGAUGUAUGUCGAUCGAGGGCCCUUGGAUGACGUAGAACAAGUUAGAAGACAACCUGAACUUGAAGAAGGUGAAAUGGUCUCAUCGGCUCACAUUUUUAAGCCUCUCAGGUGUUAUUCAGGAAUCCACGCUUUCUGGAAAGGGCAGGGAGACAAACAGACAAUACGAGAAACGCAGGCGAACAUAAUGAAACAGUAUAUGGACGAAGGCGCUGACCCAUGUCAUGAUUUCUACCAAUACGCGUGCGGAAAUUGGGCUGCUGUCAACCCCAUACCUGCAGAUAAAGCCGGAUACGAUACAUUUGAGAUAUUGAGAGAAAGUCUGGACAGCGUACUAAAGGACUUAUUGGAAUUUAAAGAACAUGAACAAAUAUCAUCAAUGUAUCCAGGUGUUAAAUUAGAUCUUCCAGACAAUAUUUUAAAUUUGAUAAAUUGCCCAGUAUGUAGCUGUAACACACGCGACGUUUUGGAUGUAGUGAUGACGAAUUCCAAAGAGUCGUUGAAUUAUUAUUCCGGAAAAUUAAGACAUAACGAUGCGUUUAAUACGAUGAACCGCAACAAAAGAUAUCCAAACAUAGUUUUGAAAAGAAAGUUUACGAAAAGAAACAACAGAGCAAACUACAAAUUCAACUAUAACUCCUUAAAUACAUACAAUGCUAUUAAAGUCGAUAAGGUUGAUCAUGUUAAAGGAAAACGGAAAAAGAUAGAUGAAGGGAAGCAUCAGCAUCGAAAGAAAAUAUCGUUUUAUAAGAAGAAACGACGCAAAAGAUCGAUCGACUUAGCAAACAAUAAUGAGAAAGUGAAUAAACAAGAUGGCUUAGCUGUGGGCGACGCUACUUUAAAAGCACGAUAUCUUUUCAAAUCCUGCAUGAACCAUGACAUUUUAAGCGAAAGGGGUUUCCAACCUCUAUUAGAUCUCUUGGAUGUUUUUGGAGGCUGGCCAAUUCUAGAUACCAAUUGGAAAUCAGAUGGAUUUGACUGGUUGGAGCUAAUGGCUAAGUUGAGACUAUUCAAUAACGACAUUCUCAUAUCAGAAUGGGUUGGACCAGAUAUAAGAAAUUCUGAUGAGUAUGUAAUACAAUUUGAUCAAACAAGUCUAGGUCUACCAACUCGAGACUAUUUUAUUCAAGAAUCAAAUAAAAUGUAUUUGGAUGCGUACAAAGAAUACUUGAUCAAAAUUGCUUUUAUAUUAGGAGGUAGUCCUAAUCACAUCGAGCAAAGCGCUGACAAAUUAAUAGAUUUCGAAAUUCAGCUGGCAAAGAUAACGUCUGCUCCAGAAGACAGGCGUAACGUAUCGGAGCUUUACAGACGAAUGACGCUAUCAAAAUUAGAAGAAUUAGUACCAGAAAUAGAUUGGAGAAAAUACCUGUGCAUAGUCAUGAACAAGACAGUGCAAUCAAAUGAGCCUGUUGUGUUGUUUGCACUGACAUACGUCCAACACUUGGUUCAAUGGAUACAUAGGACGGAUCCUAACACUUUAUCAAAUUACCUGUUGUGGCGCUUUGUGAGACACCGGGUGAACAAUUUGGACGAUCGGUUCUCGUCUGCCAAACAGGAAUUCUACAACAUCCUGUUCGGUCGAGAGCAAUCGCCGCCUAGAUGGAAAAACUGUAUAACUCAAGUAAAUUCAAAUAUGGGCAUGGCAUUAGGAUCAAUGUUCGUCCGAAAAUACUUCGACGAGAUGAGCAAAAAUGACACAUUGACCAUGACAAGAGAAAUACAACAAUCGUUCAGAGAUCUCCUCCGUAUGACCUCCUGGAUUGACGACGAGACGAAGAAACUAGCGGCUCACAAAGUUGACACGAUGAUGCUGAGAAUCGGAUAUCCAGAUUAUAUUCUCAACAAAGACGAAUUAGACGAUCGAUAUAAAGAUGUGGUUAUACACCCAGAGAAAUAUUUCGAAAACAUCCUGAAUAUAUUACAUCAUUUGACCAAAACUGAACAGUCCAGGGUAGGUCAACCUGUUAACAAGACCCUAUGGAAUACCGCGCCGGCAGUGGUAAAUGCCUACUACAGCAGAAACAAGAACCAAAUCAUGUUUCCUGCUGGGAUUCUCCAACCACCGUUUUACCAUAGGCAUUUUCCACGAUCUCUUAACUUUGGAGGCAUUGGUGUUGUUAUCGGUCAUGAAAUAACACACGGGUUCGACGAUAAAGGGCGACUCUUCGACUGUGAGGGUAAUCUUCACAGAUGGUGGUCGGACUCCGCCGUAAGAGCCUUUCAUAAGCACGCUCAGUGCCUUAUCGAUCAAUACGGAGAAUAUAUCGUACCGGAAGUCAAUAUAAGGCUAGAUGGAGUUAAUACUCAGGGAGAGAACAUAGCUGACAACGGCGGCGUGAAGCAGGCUUUCCACGCGUAUCUGCGCUGGCUGGAACAUCACGACGCCUCUGAUGAGCUCAUGCCCGGCCUCAACCAUACGCACAAGCAGCUGUUCUUCCUGAACUUUGCUCAGGUAUGGUGCGGCGCUAUGCGUCCAGAGGCGAUGCGCAACAAGCUGAAGACGACAGUUCAUUCUCCUGGCAGGUUCCGUGUGGUCGGUACCCUGUCCAACUCGGAGGACUUCGCCAGGGAAUGGAACUGCCCGCCAGGGAGUAGCAUGAACCCCGUCAAUAAGUGUAGUGUAUGGUAGGGAUCCAAGUGCUAGACCGACCGACCAUUUUGAAGGAAGGAUAGAAUGAUAUUUGACGAUCGACGACGAAGAUAUGACGUGGUUUUCCGCAUUGUAUCGCAACUGAAAUUGCAGGUUUUGAUACUGAAAAAAAACGAAAUAACUGAUUAGUGAUUCUUUGCACUUUUAGACUGAAGAAAACAGGGUUGAGAGGUUAAAAAUUCAUUGUUAGG